UCCCCCUGCACUCCUCGACAGACACACAGAGAGACAGAGAGGGAGAGAACUGCAGAUCGGAAGAACAGAGGACAGUGUCAGGUCGUGUGCCUGUUGUUCUGAAUAUCAGAUCCUAUCCUGCUUCCUCCUUCGGAUCAGCAUGGACACCGGAGAUGCGCUGGGGCCUGAGAUCUUCAUCGAGGAGAUGAUGGCCCUGAUGGUGCAAACUCUUGCCCAGAUGGAGGUGGGGGAUCACUACGACGUGAUCCGGGAGCUCGGAUCCGGGAGUUACGGAUCGGUGCAGCUCGUCAGACACAGGGUGCAAGGCACCCUGAUGGCCCUGAAGCUGAUGGAGAAGCGUCGAACGGGAGUGAGGGGCUUCCUGCGGGAGUACAGCACCGGCCUCUUCCUCUCCCCCCACCCCUUCAUCACCGCUGCCUUCGGCAUUGCCUUCCAGUCACGGCAACACUACGGCUUUGUGCAGGAGUUCGCUCCCGUCGGCAGCCUGUUUGACCUGAUCCAACCACUGGUAGGGAUCCCGCAGACAGCAGCCAAACGCUGUGGCCUACAGCUCUCUCUGGCCCUGGAACAUCUCCACCAGCGUGGCCUAGUCCACCGAGACGUCAAGCCAGACAACGUGCUCCUCUUUGACCGCGAGUGCCGGUGCGUCAAGCUCACCGACUUCGGCCUGGCGCGCCGCGAGGGCCUCAAGCUGUGGCCUACUUCCGACCAGGGCCAUUACUCCCCUCCAGAGAUCACCCCGGGCGCGAGGAAUGCCAGGGUCUCCAAGCCUGAGGAUGCCUGGGCAUUUGGUGUGCUGAUUUAUGGCCUACUGACAGGAAACUUCCCCUGGGAGAGGCCUACGGGCCUCGACUCACACUUCCAGGCCUUUGAAGCCUGGCGAACUAUGCCGGAGGGCUCCACACCGCCUUCGCAGUGGGCCGGCCUGGCUCCAGGGGCUUGCAGGAUGCUGAAGGGCCUACUGGCCUUCAAUCCGGAAGAGAGGUCCCCUGUAAAAGCGGUUCGAGACCACAUCCGGGAGCGUUGGGUGCUAGGGGCCUCUCGUGAAUGCCCAAAACUGGGAUGAAACAGGCCCCAUCACCCGCAAUGGCACCAGUAGGCCUAAAUUUCGGGCCUAGCAAGAGUAGGCCAAAAAGCCUGGGCCUAUGAGGUGAUUUUCUGCUUGAGUAGAGGUCUACACUCUCCCUGCAGUUCUGUACCCGUCCCCACUAAUCACACUGCCCUGCUCUCUCCGCACAACCCUGUAUCAAUCCCAAACGAUUCCCACUGUCCCACGGCCCAGUAUCCAUCCCACACUAAUCCCACCCUCUCCCCACAUCCCACACUAAUCCCACUGCGCUGUAACAGGCUCUUCGGCCCAUAAUGUCCAUGCUGAACUUGAUGCCAAGUUAAACUAAUUUCCUCGGCCUGCACGUGAUCCACAUCCCUGCAUUCCCUGAAUAUCUAAACGUUCAAACACCACUACCAUAUCUGCCUCCACCAUCAACACCAGCAGCACGGUCCAGGCCCGCACCACCUUCUGUGUAAAAAAAAAUUGUCCCGCACAUCUCCUUUAAACUUUGCCCCUUUUCACUCUAAUGCCCUCUACUUUUUUGGAGGCACUGGGCCUGGGCUCACUGGAAUUUAGAAGGAUGAGGGGUGAUCUCAUUGAAACUUACCGAAUAGUGAAAGGCCAGGAAAGAGUGGAUGUGGAGAGAAUGUUUCCACUAGUGGCAGAGUCUAGGACUACAGGGCACAGCCUCAGAAUAAAAGGACGUACCUUUAGAAAGGAGAUGAGGAGGAAUUUCUUUAGCCAGAGGAUGGUGAGUCUGUGGAAUUCAUUGCCACAGACGGCUGCGGAGGCCGUCAUUGGGUAUUUUAAAGUGGAGAUUGACAGAUUCCUGACAAGUUAGUAAAGGUGUCAAAAGUUACGUGGAGAUGCAUGAGAAUGGGGUUGAGAGAAGUUGAGAUCAGCCAUGGCAGAGUAGACUCAAUGGGCUGAAUGGCCUAAUUCAUCUAUGAUUAUGAACAUAACCUUCUGGGUCAGCCUACCAUGGGGGACUUUAUCAAACGCCUUACUAAAAGUCCAUGUAGACAACAUCCACCGCCCUACCCUCUUCGAUCACCUUUGUUACCUCAAAACACUUGUCACAUGUACCAAGAUAUAAUGAAAAGCUUCUUUGUUGUGGGCUAUCCAGUCAGUGGAAAAAUGAUUAAAAUCAAGCUGCCCACAGUGUACAGAUACAGGAUAAAGGGAAUAACGUUUAGUGCCAGAUAAAGCCAGUAAAGUCCGAUCAAAUGUGUAGAAAGGAACAGCAGAUGCAGAUAGACACAAAACGCUGGAGUAAGUCAGCGGGAGAGGCAGCAGCUCUGGAGGGAAGGAGGGAUGUUUUGGUUCGAGACCCAAAGAUAGUCCAGGGUCACCAAUGAGGUAAAUAGUAGUUUAGGACUUCUCUCUCGUUGUGUUAGGAUGGUUCAGUUGCCUGAUAACAGUUAGGAUGGAACUGUCCCCAAAUUUGGAGGUGUGCAUUAUCAGACCUUUGUGUGUGUGUGUGUGUGUGUGUGUGUGUGUGUGUGUGUG